AACUGUUCUUGGUAUACCUGUUCUGAGGGUACAGAGGGGAGUGUGCUGGCAAGAGGUGGAGACAAUAUAAAAGAAAGAGCUCCAGGUACAGCAAGCAGAGUCAUGUCAGUGCAUUAAAGAGGAACAGACGAAAUUUGCUGUUCUCAGACAUGGAUGACUUUGUUUGUAACAAAUUGACUGAAUGGGGUCUCAGUGAGUGGAUAGAUCGAUUUAAAGAUGAAGAAAUUGACGAGGAAAUUCUUCUUCACUGUCUUGAUGAUCAAGAAAUUGCUAACUUGAUUCCAAAAACGGGACCAAGGUCAAAAUUCAAGAAGAGACUCAAGUUGUUGAGGGCAGAGCAAAACACAACGAAUCUGGAAACAGAGAGUGAUUCUACUCAAGAGCAUGAAGAAGCAGCUGACUCUGAUCAGGUUUUGCCCUCCACCAGUAACACAACUGAUAAUGGGAAGAGAAAGAUGGCCCCUCAGUGUGAUUCAAGCAAAUGGCAAUCACCAGCUAAACGGCGUUGUGACACUGCACUGGGAUCAUAUUCAGAACGCAUCAUAUUGUCUGAUGUGAAAAACAUCAUGACAUGUGUUCACAAUAGACUAUGUCUAGAAGACAACACAAGGCUCAACGCUUUCCUGAAGGACAAAAUCAGUUAUUUGGAGACAGACAAGAGGGAGCUGAUUGGUGUCUUUGGUAAAACUGGGGCUGGAAAGAGCUCCUUGAUAAACGCCAUCAUCGAGGAGAAGAACCUUUUGCCCUCUGGAAGUGUCAGUGCAUGUACCACAGUCAUGAUUAAGGUGGAGGCUAAUAUGCAGAACCAAAAGUAUGAGGCUGACAUUGAGUUCAUUACAAAAGAGGAGUGGAAAGAUGAGUUGUGGUCCUCCUCUCUUGGGAAUAAUGCAGAUCAGGAAAGGGAAGAUGAUGAUGAUUAUCGUGACAUUGUUGAAAAGCUGUCAGCACUAUAUGGAGAAGAAUGGAAAAACAAAUCCCCUGAAAGCCUCAUGGACAACAAAUAUUUCAGAGAAAUCCCAGAAUUUCUCAACUCCAAGAGGAAGAUUUUGACAUGUGAAUCAGCCAAAGAGCUAUCUGCAAAAUUUGUCAAAUAUACAAGAAGUGACUCGAAGGAGGGAGCAGGUAAAGAAGUAAAGAGGUGGUACUGGCCACUGGUGAAGUGUGUGACUGUCAAGGUGCCUAAUAAUGAACUUCUUCAGCAUGUCACACUUGUGGAUCUUCCUGGAAACGGGGACCGAAACAAGAGCAGAGAUAAAAUGUGGAAAGGGAUUGUUGGGAGUUGCUCUGCUGUGUGGAUUGUGACUGACAUUAAUCGAGCAGCAGCAGAAAAAGAACCCUGGGAGAUCCUGGAAAGUGCCUGUAACCUCAUGGGAAAUGGUGGCGAGUGUCAGCAAAUUCACUUCAUCUGCACAAAGUCUGAUCUUAUUGAAGAUAUGGAUCAUCCUUCAGCAACUGAUGUGCGUGCACUCAUAUUGAGAAGGAACAUGCAAGCCAAGGAAGAAGUCAGCAAAGAAUUCAGAAAAAACGCCCAAAUUAAGAAACACUUCAGUGAUGACUGUUUGAAAGUGUUCACAGUGAGCUCCAAAGAGUUUCUAAAAGAAAAAUGUCUAAGGCCAGAUGACACUGAAAUACCCAAACUUCAGGAAUUUCUACAAGACCUCAAUGACUGUCACUCAGAGACAUUGAACUAUGUGUCUGGAGCUUAUGGGAUUCUCUCUCUGAUUCAAGGGGCCAGAUGUAGAGAAGUGGGUCGCCAAAAAGCGGAUGUGUGCUCAGACAUUGAAGAAAAGAUGAGGCAGGAACUUGAUAAAGUCAGGAAACCCAUGGAAGAGGCUUGUAAGGCUUUCGUAAAAUGCCUUUGUGACGGGGUUGAAAUAUCAAAAAGUUCAUGUGAAAAACUCUUGAAGUUCUUACGUCCACAUAGGGUAUCAGGUCGUGGUUUUCACAGAACUCUGAAGUGUGUAGUUGAGAACAAUGGCACCUACAAACCAAAAAAAGGGAAAGAAAUAAACGUCAAUGUGCAGUUAGCGUCAUGCCUGACUGACAGCAUUGAUGAGAAAUUCAGGAAAACCUUCCCAAAUGAAGGAAAUUGUGGACCAUUCAACGGGGUCAUCAAUGCAUUUUCACUUGACACAGAGAAGCUGAUUCACAAGAACAAAGAUGUCAAACUGCAGCUGAUAUUUCUCAAGACAGAGGAGGAAAAAGUUAAGACAAAACUCCACAAAACCAUCCGGGAUGGUAAGAAAAAAAUCUACAGCAGUCUGACAGAGACAAUGGAGGAAAUCAUGCAAGAAUGCUACACAAAAGCAGCAAAAUUUAGUGGACAAGACACGCUGAAAAACAUGAGGGACACUGUUGAGAGGCACGUGUAUGAUUCAAAGAACACCAUGUUUGAGCAGGCUAAAGAUGCUAUGUUGGCCCGGAUGAGAGGACUCAAGGAGUCCAUCUUGAAGAUACUGGAGGAAACUAUGCAGAAAUCAAUUGACCUGUCACUCAAGACGGAUGACUUCUCAAUCCCAGAUUUUACAACAGAGCUUGAUAUGGUGAGGCUAUACCACAAUGAUUUGAAGGGCAGCCCAGAUGAAGAAACAUCAGUAAUUUGCAUCACAGAUCCACCCGGCCCAACAGCCGCAGUACAACUGUAAGAGCUGAGAUAAUUGUGUGCAGGUUUCCUUGGUGGAGAAAAACAGCACAGGCCUGAUCACCCACCGAAGGUUCCUGUGGACACGCUGAUGGACGACAUGAGGCCUCUGGAUUUGCUCUCAACCAUUUGUAUCAAGUUAUUAUCCAUUUUUGCUUUGAAUGUUGUUUUGAUGUGAAUAUUUUAAUUGUUUACUUAAUAGUUUGAAUAGCAUGCAGAGACUUCUUAUUUUCUUGGAAAUGUGAUCAGAGAGAGAUGACAUGCAACAAAGGUCUUUUGUCAGAUUUAAACCAGGGACGCUGCGAUUUAUGUUGUACGUGUCUUAGCUGUAAGACCACUAUGAGUCUCCAGAGACAUUUUGUUUUUAAGCUUUGCCUGUUGUUGAAUAUAUUUUCAUAUUUUUGUCCAUGGUUUUAUAUCAUGAGUUUAGUGUUGAGUGAUCAGAAUGAAAGCACUAUGUUUUCAAUGAUUUGAUGGAUGUAUAAAUUGAACCUUGAACCUUGAAUACAGUGCAUACUGUAGGUUGGAUUUGACAUUGACUUUUUUCAAAGACUGUUCUUCGUGUUGUGUUCAAGGACAAUACUAAUGAUUUCUAUGUGUCUUCAUAUAUGAAAAAUAGAGAAAAAAGUGGCAUCUUACUCAUUCAGUUAUUUACUAUUUUUUCAUUGUUUUUCAUACUUUAACAUAAAAGUCUGUCUGCACUGAUUCUAACUAAUAUUUGAAAUGGUGUACUUUCCAAUAAAUUAGUUCACUCUUGAGUGACAAUGCUUCAUGUUUGCUAUAGAAAGCAUUUCUAGAUUCUCCUCUGACAUCAGUUUUGAUUGUAAGAUUGAAUACUGUACAUGGUUUUACUUUUUGUAUCGCAAAACAACAGAAUCCGAUGAAUGGUCAUUUUUUUGUGGAAAAUUAAUCUAAACCUGUGUUUUAUACAAAUUUGCAAAAUUAGCUAAUAAAAUAAAAUAAAAAGACAUACUAUGAGAAUCACUCUGCU